CGGACGUGAUAAGAUGGCGGUAGUGGAAGUUUGACCACCGCAAUAUCUUGCUACUGUUAUUAUAAAUACCUACCUCGUUAGUUAAUCCGAAGCACCAUCACCAGCAGCUCGCAUCGCGUGCCAUAAUAAAUCAUCAUGUCUUCCACCACCACCACCACCACCAACUCCUUCCUCCUCCUCUUCUUCUCGUCGAUUCUAUGCUUCCAGUUAUUUAUAACUGUCUCGAAUUCCAGCCCCUCCGACCAGACUGGGGGCGGCGCAACCAGCCCGGAGCAGCCAGCCGGAGGAUCCGGCGGCGGUUCCGGCCCCGGGUGGGAUUACAGGUGGGGGUGGGGGGCGAGCCCGGGGGCAGGCUGGGGUUAUGGCUCCGGCUCCGGCCAAAGUCCUAGUGGAAGUGGGAAGGGGUUCGGGUACGGUUCCGGGUCUGGAUACGGGUCUGGCUCCGGAUUCGGUUACGGGUUCGGUGGAGCGGGCGGAGGCAGUGAGGCCGGGCGAGGAGGAGCUUAUGGUUACGGAGGUGGAUACGGCGGCGGCGGUGGUGGUGGAGGCGGCGGCGGCGGCGGAUCGAGCUUCGGUGGAGGACGGCCGCCGCAGUUCUCGAAUCGUAAAUGUUGUUGAUGUAAAAUGAAGCCUAAAGAUCAUGACAUUAUGUCAAAUAGCAGUACAUGUGUUUUAUAGCAACUAUGUUCGAUCAUUCUGCCAACCUUGGCAAAGAUAUCAAUACAUAGAUGGAAAAUAUUAAUCUGCUUAGAUUUCAAAUAAA